CCCAUUCGCAACUUCCCCAUUUCAAGUCACUUUCCAUUCACAACACUCCGUUUCCUUCUUUUUGGCGUCGCUUGCUCUCGCCUCAUAUCUGCGAACUCAUGUAGACGUUUGCCCUUGCAAUUACAUCGGAUACUUAUAUUCCGUCCACUCACUUUCGCAACUUCGACAUCGCCGUUGGCGCGAUUCAUAGUACAAGAUGCUCCUACGGAUAGCGCUGUUCUUUGUGGUCGCCUGUUUAGCACUUCUAGUUGUUGGCGCAGAAGAUUACUACAAGCUACUGGGCCUCAAGAAAGAUGCCUCAGAUCGCGAGAUCAAGAAGGCCUAUCGAACGCUGAGCAAGAAGUACCACCCAGACAAGAACCCUGGUGACGACGAGGCGGGCAAGAAGUUCGUCGAGGUAGCUGAAGCCUACGAGGUUCUUAGUGAGAAGGAAACACGGAAGAUCUACGACCAAUACGGCCACGAUGGUAUCCAACAGCACAAGCAAGGCGGCGGUCCACGUCAACACGAUCCCUUUGACCUCUUCUCGCGCUUCUUCGGCGGCUCAGGACACUUCGGACAUCAAGGAGGAGAGCGCCGAGGGCCAAACAUGGAAGUGCGAGUAUCACUGCCACUCCGCGACUUCUACAACGGCCGAAAGACGGAGUUCACAAUCGAGAAACAGGCGAUAUGCUCGGCCUGCGAGGGCUCAGGCUCGGAAGAUGGGCAUGUAGAGACAUGUGGCACAUGCGGUGGACGCGGUGUCAGGAUCCAACGACAACAACUCGCACCCGGCCUAUUCCAGCAAGUACAGAUGCAUUGCGACCAAUGUCACGGCAAAGGAAAGACGAUCAAGCAUCCAUGCCCUGUCUGCAGUGGUAGCCGAGUUAUCCGUGAAGCCGAAACUCACACUCUCGAAAUCGAGAAGGGCAUGCCCAAGGGUGUACGCGUCACCUACGAGAACGAAGCGGAUGAAAGCCCCGAUUACGUUGCCGGCGACCUCAUCGUACACCUCACUGAGGCGGAGCCUGCAAUGGGAGAACAAGAGCACGAGCGCACAGACGGAACCUUCUUCAGAAGACGAGGUAAAGAUCUCUUCUGGCGCGAAGUUCUUUCUCUUCGGGAGGCAUGGAUGGGUGGUUGGACACGUAAUGUCACACAUCUGGACGGCCACAUUGUUCAACUUUCCCGUAAACGUGGUGAGGUCGUCCAACCCAACCUCGUUGAGAUCGUCAAAGAAGAAGGUAUGCCAAUAUGGCACCAACACCUCGAGAACAACGAGGGUCUGCAGUUUGGUGACUUGCACGUCGAAUACGUGGUCGUACUACCCGAUCAAAUGGAAAAGAGUAUGGAGAAGGAAUUCUGGAGUGUCUGGGAGAAGUAUCGUGCGAAGAAGGGCGUCAGCAUCGAUGCCGAGUUGAACAGGCCACAAGAACCUAUCAAGAUGCCUGAACCAGAUGCGCACGACGAGUUAUAGGAUAUACUCCAGAAGUGGAUGCCUUCGGCUUACUCACAGCGCAUAGGAGACACAUGGAAGAGGAUGCUGAGAUGAGCGAUGUGUUCAGUGCUUGUAUGAAUUAAGCGUGGUAUACCCGGUGAUGACGCGGAGUUGGGGAGUCGCUUGCGGCAUCGAUUUGGUACAUAGACCGCUUUCUGAUAUAUUAGAACAAUACAUAUAUAUAUAUUCUUGAGUUCGUA